UUUGUAAUUUUAAUUUUUAAGAUGGUGGACUCAAAAACUUUUGCAAUUAUUUAUUAAUUAAGCAACAAAUGAAAAAAAUGUGUAAAAAUGGAACAAUUUAUAAAAAUUAUGUUGGUUUUAUAAUAUAAUUAAAAAAUUAGUUUUUGGACUCCCCCGUCCAUGAUGUAUGCUCCUCACCCCCCGGCUCGUGGUGUAAGAUGGCGCUUUAAUUCGAAGCACGAUGAUUUGAUAAAACGACAUGACAGCUGUAAAGAUGAAAUAAAGAAUUGAGAUGCUUGAAUAAUAAAUUCAGAAUUGAGAGCAUCUUGCAAACGUUUGCAAUCAAAAUGCCACCAAAAAAACGAACAGGAAACAGUUCAAGUUCAAAUAAUAUAUUUCAAUACAAUAAUACAGUUGAAUUGACGUUUAAGCCUGAUUCAAAUAAGAAGUUACUAGUAAAAACUAAAACUGUUGGGGAUAGUUCAGACGAGGACGACGCUCCUAUUCUGAAAAAGAAGAAAGGACGACGAAGAGGAAAAAAAGACACAUGUAGCAGUAGCAGUUCGUCAGAUACAUCAUCUUCUUCAAGCGACAGUGAGAAUGGAAAGCAAGGAGAUGCGUUAAAGAAAUAUGAUAUACAUGAAAUAUGUGAUGACGAUUUUGAUGAACUUCCAAGGCCUUUGACACCUCCUCCUUCGAAUACAAAUGCUCCUACAUCAGGACCAAGUCGGCAAGCAAAAAUUAUCAAGAAUGAAACAUUUGAAGAAAUAUUCAAUAAUUUGGCAGCAAUGCACGAAGUGACUACAGAUGUGAUUUCGCUCUCCUUUACUGAUGGACUUGGAAAUUUGCAGAUGCUAAAAUUCACUGAUACACCAAGUAAAGUUAAUUUGAGUGUUGCUGACAUUAUAGAUUGCGUUGUCGUUAAUCGUGCAACGAUAGAUGACCCGUUGAUGAGUGAGAAUAUUGUAAAUAUCAAAAUACAAGGAUCGGAGAGCAAAUCAGUGAAGCAUUUCAAAGCGUUAAAGAACAAAUCUCUCGGGAGAAUAAUGCAACUCUACGCUGAGUUUCGUCAAUUGCCUUUAUCCAAGUUGAAAUUCUUCUUUGAUGGCGAAAAAAUUAUGCCAGAACAGACCCCGAAUGAUCUUGAUAUGGAUGAUGAAAAUGCUGUAGAUGUCAAGUUGAUAUAGGAACAAUUGAUUUUCUACCUGCAUAUUGCACUUCUGGAUUAAUCUCUCGUGUUUUGGAGUAAUAGUUUUAAAUACAACAUAAUUUCUUUUCUUUCCAAGACAAUUUAAAGAGACGAGAAUGGUGAUAGAGGAAUUAAUCUAGUAAAAUAGUUUAGAUCAAAAAUUAUGGCGAUCAUUUCUUCGAAUGCAAAAAUUUCUACGAGACCAAAAUUUCUUUAAUUCUUUUCGGAAAGAAUUUUUUCUUUUCGUUAUCGAAUUGAAAGCAAGGAGGGCGGGGAUUAUGUACAUACCAUAUUUUAAUAUAAUAAAGUUAUAUUGCAAUUUCAGCGUUUA